AUGUUGUGGACCACAUUAUCCUUAAUUUGUUCUCUCCUGCUACAAAGUUGCGCAGCUGAAACGCCUCUUUGGACCAAUGGAAACUAUGGAACUUCCCAACCUCAAGCGGUGCAGAGCAAUUGCAAUAGCGACGAUGUAACCUCUCUUGCUAGCUUAUCUGUGGGCUGCUUCACGACUCUCCGACAUUCAUUGUACCCCGAGCACUCGAUCAGGAUCAAGAAGACUUCGUUCUGCGACCAAACUGUACAAGCAUAUACGGGAUACAUCGACAUUUCACAGACCCGCCAUUUAUUUUUCUACUUCUUUGAGAGCAGGAACGACCCAGUUCGGGACGACGUAGUAUUUUGGACUAACGGUGGGCCAGGCUGCUCUUCGUCUACAGGAUUAUUCAUGGAGAUGGGUCCCUGCCGCGUGCUCGACGCGCAUGGACCAAAAUACCAUCCAGACUCGUGGAACACCAACACCAAUAUAUUCUUUAUCGACCAGCCCGUUGGCACUGGGUUCUCUUAUGGCGAGACAGUCAGUACCACCGAAGACGGGGGGAGAGACAUCGCUGCUUUCAUUUCCAUAUUCUUUGAAAGUUUUAGUCAGUUUGAGGGACGGCCUUUACAUAUGGCGGGGGAGUCGUAUGGUGGACGGUUCCUUCCGUUUUUUGCGUCUGCAGUUUAUGAUAACAAUGCCUUGCUCCGGAGGAAUGGACGGCCACCGAUUAACCUGAAAUCGGUUGUGAUUGGCAAUGGCUUAACAGACAGUAUUAAGAUGGUUUUAUCUUACUUUGAUAUGGAGUGUACUUCGGUAUCCUUCCCUCCUAUCCUAAGCAUCUCGACAUGCAUAAGCAGAUGCGAGAAUUGGAUGCAAGACGCCUGUAUUGAUGUCUUUGAUUCUAUGAAUUGUGGUGCCGCGUACUCAUUUUGCCGUGCUGCAAUUGGUACACCAUACGCGAGAACGAGAAUGAAUCCGUAUGAUAUGAGCCGCGAGUGUGAUGGCGACUUUUUUGAAACGGAAUGUUAUCCCAUGAGAAAAUACAUCUCAGAGUAUCUAUCUAUUCCUUCCGUUCGCUCACUGCUCGGAGUCGACCCGGGAGUUCCAGAGAACUUCUCAGCGUGUAACUACGACAUCAUAAAUAACUUCAGCGCCUCUCAGGACGAGCUACAUCCCACGAUCACGAAAGAUCAUAUCGCUGCUCUCCUCGAACGUGGCGUUAGGGUUCUGGUAUACGCUGGUGCGAACGAUUGGUUAUGUAAUUGGGUCGGAAACGAAAGGUGGACUCUUGGGUUAGAAUGGAGUGGCCGGAAGGAUUUUGUGAGAAAGAGGCUGCAGGAAUGGGAGGUCGGCGGAAAGGUCACGGGAAAGACGCGCAGUGCGAAAGGACUGACAUUUGCUACGAUUGAUGGGGCGGGCCAUUUUGCCCCAUACGAUAAACCAAAGGAAGCACUCGUGAUGUUGCAGCGAUGGAUCGCAGGCGAAAAUCUAUAA